GGCCCUCGCCCACUUUCCUCAGCUUUUUUUUUCCCCACUUAAGCGAUCUGACUUCGGUUCACGAGAAAGCCAAGCGUAAUCCAAACAUGCCCUUGUCUGACGUCAUCAUCCAUCACUUUUAUUCUACGCAUAUCCCGUUCACCUUAGCACAGGUCACUGAUCAUUCUCUGCUGUGCCGUCACUAACCUGCGCACCCCGGCGCAGUUUGUCUGUAACCAGACGCCGUGACACGUGUCGACAUUCUGGGUCAUCAACGUCAUCGUUUUCGUUCUCAUUUCCUCGUUCCUACUAUUGCCAUUUCCAGGUUUCGUGAGAUUUCACUCCAUAGCUUUGUUACCGUCUCUCUGUUUCUUCUGUGCUAAAGUGACUUCCUUUUUGUACGGAUCGAUCGGAGCUUUGGAGUGCUCUCGACCGUACCGUUCAGACCGGCGAUGGGGUCGAUACCCGAUCCGGGCGAGUUGACUGAGUUGGCUGAACCCGGCUUCGACGAGUUCCAGCGGCAGACCUCGCUGAUGACGAGCUGCACUCUUCGGUGGAAGGAGCUCUCUGACCACUUCACUUCGCUGGAGCAGAAUCUCAUGAAGAAGUCGGAGGCUUUGAAGCAGAUGAUCGAGACCCUAGACAAUCAGACUCAGGCCUCGCUCGAGUCGCUCAAGCAUCGUGAGGUCACGAUCGACGAUAGUGUCGAGAUCGCCCUGGGGAAAGUCGAGGAGAGUGCCAAGGCUGCUCUGGUGUCGCUCGAGAAGGCUGGAGGUGGCGGUUCUGGCGCUGAAGAUGGAGGUGAGGUCGAAGAUGGUGAUGGGCUACUCUCUUUACUGAAAAGCUUCUGCCUUAAGAUGGAAUCGAGAGAACUCUGGAAGGUAGUGACGGCGAGGAAGAAGGAGCUGGAGAAUCUCCGGGCACAAAUUCCGGCGGCGCUGGUGGAAUGCGUGGAUCCGGCGAAGUUCGUGCUCGAAGCGAUCUCUGAGGUGUUUCCGGUGGACAAGAGGGCCGGGAAGAGCGGCGGAGACGGAGACGAAUCCGGAGAGAAAGAGACCAACGAUUUGGGAUGGGCUUGUGUUGUGAUACUGGAAAGCUUGAUACCGGUAAUGGUGGAUCCAGUGAUGGGAAAAUCGCGCCUGCUGGUGACGCCGAGCGUGAAGGAGAAGGCGAAGGAGAUAGCGGAGACAUGGAAGGCGAGCUUGGAGGAGAGAGGAGGGAUCGAAAACGUGAAGACCCCUGAUGUGCACACGUUUCUGCAGCAUCUGGUGACGUUUGGAAUCGUGAAGGAGGAAGAUCUUGCUCUGUACAGGAAGCUUGUGGUUGGAUCGGCAUGGAGGAAGCAGAUGCCUAAGCUCGCUGUUUCUGUAGGUUUGGGCGAUCAAAUGCCUGACAUGAUUGAAGAAUUGAUCAGAAGGGGACAGCAGCUUGAUGCAGUGCAUUUCACUUAUGAAGUUGGUCUUACAGACAAGUUCCCCCCAGUUCCUUUGCUGAAAGCUUAUCUUAGGGAUGCAAAGAAAGCAGCAGCAUCUAUCAUGGAGGAUCCCAACAGCAACCCUGGCCGAGCUCCGCAUCUUGCCGUGAGGAAGGAGCAAUCGGCACUGAGGGCCGUCGUAAAGUGCAUAGAAGAGUACAAACUCGAGGAGGAGUUCCCGCCUGAGAAUCUCAAGAAGCGGUUGGAUCAGCUGGAGAAGGCCAAGACGGAGAAGCGAAAACCAGCAGCUGUUCCAGCCAACAAGAGAACCCGAGCUGGCUAUAACGGCCCGAUGCCUCCAGCAAAGGCAGGCCGUAGCACAAACGCAUAUGUCUCGUCCUUCCCUCCUCCAUCCGCAUACACGAGAUCUUCCCCGACCCAUUCCCCUCAGUAUGCCACACCUCCAUAUGCAUCCCCUCCGCCCUCGGUCUACAGUAACAGGAGCCCUCCUUAUCCUUACUCUCCCGAAGCGGCCGGUCCUGUUUCAUAUGCGGGCUCGCCUAUUGGUUACCCUCCUCCAGCCUAUGGCGCCCGGCUCCUCCCCAGGCUUAUCACCACCACCAUCAUCAUCAGAAUGCUUACUACUGAACUGGUUAGGCAGUGA